ACUCAGUGGUUGACAGAGACAUCCAGGAGAGUCCAGAGUGGAGGAGGGAGAAGGCACCAUUCGUUCGGCUUUGGUCCACUCUGCCUCAGAGGGCAGAGCUCUAACCAGAUACGCUGCAAGCAUCAGAAUCGGGAUGAACAUCAAGGUUGGGAACAUUUCUUACACAGGAGCCAUCAUCUCCUGGUCAUCCUCAGAGCCCUGCCUGGAGGACUAUUACCAUAUUAUGUACAGGCCCAACUGGAACAGCAUCUUCUCUGGCUACCUUCGCUACAGCUUCCACCACGAGGAGACGGUGCCUCGGACCACCAGCUCCGUGGUGCUGGAGCAUCUCGCCCCGUCCACUCUCUACUUCCUGUGCAUCAGCUGUAAGAAGGCCGCUUACAGGCACUACUGCACCAUGUUCCACACCCUGGAUAAGAGUCCGCUGGCGGCCGGAAGCUCCCUGGUGGACCCCCAAAUCUCCCUGUGGGUGCUGAUGGCCAUCCUGCUGGCCUGCUUCACGGCUGUCUUAGCCUUCAUCUGCCUCCAGUUCUGGUGCAUCCGUUGCCAUGAGCCCCGGUGGUCUUACAGAGCUGGCCAUGUGGAGGAGGCCAAUGGGCUGGUGAGAUGGCCGGAGGAGGCCCCGGCUCUUGGGCAGAGGGAAGAAGACCUGCAGGGCCUGCCCCUGGUGGAGCUACCACGCAAGAACUCUGGAGCUGAAGCCGAACCAGAAGCAGAAGCCUACCGGGAUGCCCCCAACGCGGGUAGAGCCUUACAGAGGGAGGGGCUUGACCAACCAGCCAUGCUGCCCCAUCAUGGGGAGUGAAGGUGAGGAGACGGCUGGCAUCAGGGGCCUAAAGCCCUCCACGCAGUAGGCCUUCUGUAAAAAUUUGCCUGUAGACUACCACUUUUCUCCCAUCAAAUGUCAAUGGUAUUACUACAGAUCGUCUGGGUUGGACAAAUGCCUGAUAACAAAGCUCUCAAGCUGGAAAAUGUACACUUCCAGGG